GAAAAAUGCAAGCUUUAAAGAGGAUCCAAAACUUGAAAUCUCACUUUACUUUCUCUCCCAUCCCGAUUAAUCCAACUGUGUUCAAGGUGCAUGACAAUGUGCAGGCUGCCAUCAGGGAGAACAAGCCUGUUGUAGCACUAGAGUCUACUAUAAUCACCCAUGGAAUGGAAUACCCAAUGAAUGUGACAACUGCUCUUGCUGUAGAGAAGAACAUUAUUGAGCAAGGAGCAAUCCCUGCCACUAUCGGUAUUAUAGAUGGCGUCAUUCAUGUUGGCAUCACAGAGGAGCAGAUUGAGUUCUUGGCCAAAAACAAGCAAAAAUGCAGAAAAUGUUCAAGAAGAGAUUUAGGGUACAUUGUAGCAAAGAAGGGGCAUGGAUCCACUACUGUAGCUGCUACUAUGUACAUCGCUUUUCUUGCAGGAAUUAAGAUCUUUGUAACAGGUGGAAUUGGUGGUGUUCAUAGAGGAGCAGAAGAAACUUUUGAUAUCUCAGCAGAUCUAACAGAGCUUUCCAGAACUCCAGUAACUGUAGUCUCUGCAGGAAUCAAGAGCAUUCUUGAUGUUCCAAAGACAUUAGAGCUUUUAGAGACAUUUGGAGUUCCCGUUGUAGGAUUUGACACUGAUUAUGUACCUGAUUUCUUCUUCUCAUCUUCAAAAAUCAAGGCUCCUAUCAGGUUAGAUACUGCAAAAGAAUGUGCUGAAUUGAUCAAAUCCUCAACUGAUUUAAAACUGAUCAAUGGAAUGUUGGUAACGGUUCCAAUUCCUGAAGAAGACACAGAGCAUGUUGAUAAAAUUAAAUCAGCCAUAGAUCAGGCUUUAAAAGAGGCAGAUGAACAGAAAAUUGCUGGUGCUGAAAUCACACCUUUCCUUUUAAAAAGAGUCAACGAACUUUCAGAAGGAUUCAGUUCAAAGUCUAACGUCGAAUUGAUCAAGAACAAUGCCACAGUUGGUGCAAAGAUCAGCGUAGAACUUUCAAAACUAGUUGCAAUGGACCUCAGUUUUGGAGAAUUGUAAUUGCCCAAUAAA